UAUUUAUUCUUAUGUUUUUCUUUCAUUAAUGUUUUUCUCUCCAUUUGCUCAGACAAUGGUUUAAUACUAAAAAUAAAAUAGCAUUUCAAGUCAAUAUUUUUAAAUGGAGCCUAACAGUUGGGACUACCAAUAUUGGGCGGAAAAAUCCAAAGGCCGUAUAGUGAGAGCUUUGGCCAAGCAAUUCUUUAUACAGGACCUGAAUAAAAAGUUAGAACUCGAAACUCCUAAUUAUUUGGAAGAAAAUGUGCUCCUCAAAAGAUUACUCGAGAUCGAAACCAGCCAAAAACAUUUGGAAAAGCUAUUAAAUACUCAAAUGAAAAAAUUGAAUGUCAUCGAAAGAACUUUACACAGAAUUGAAGAUGGCAUUCAAAACGUGGAUAGAAAAUAUACAGUAAAACCGCUAGAAUACAUUGAUAAAAUUCAAAUAACGGGACCAAUGCAUACUACAUCUAUACCGCCCUCGUUUAAACCACAACAGAACCAAAAAGUAAAAGCGAAUGAUAUAAAUAAUGGUCCAUGCUGGGAUGAUGUGAUGCUAGAGAUGAUAGCUAAAAGAUCUCAACUUAAAAAGAUAAAAGUAGGGGAGACUUAAAAAGCGAUCCAUGUCCGUGAAAACUCUUUCAAAAUUUCUGAAUCAACAAUGCUUUCCUCUUCAUCCAUCCAGAAUAUUUUUCCAGCGCCGAUCUUAUCAUUAAGGACAUGUGUUCAGUGGCCUUCAAAUAUUUAAUUAAUAAUUAACAUAAAAUAAAAGGAUAUAUUACAUCU